AUGGAACCCUAUCACAUCCGUUACGUCCCCGUCGAUGGAGCUGCAACAGAUGUUCUCCAGUUUCGAUUUGCUGACGGCGCAUACUUCGUCCUCUCUGAAACCGCCAACGUUUUCUCUUGGCUUAAUUACUGCGACCGGACGAUUAGUAGUAUCUGGGUUUAUGCACUUCCUUCACCCGACCAGCGUGCCUCGGCACCGAACCCAUGGAAGAUUGCUCUGGAACUUCAAAAUUCUAAGAUGAUCACGAUUGAGUUGUACAACACAGAGUCAGUCAAGGGUACUGUGUUCAUGCUUCGCACCUUCACGGACAACAAAGAUGAGGGCAAUUCCAACGAUUGGAAGAAACUUACGACUAACGGCAUCUGUCAUAUCGGCCGACGAAUGAACGCUGGCAUCACUCUCCGAGAUGUCAUUCUGCAAGUACAAGCUUCCGGACUAUCUACAUACCAAUUGAAGGAUGGUCGUGGUCGCCGCUUCUGGAUCUUAGAGACCCUAAAUAAGAUCGGUCACAUGGUUCACGAACCUGUGAAGUGGAUGCUCGUCGGCAGAGAAGCCGACGAGCUGCUGCGUCGGUGCUGGGUCGGCCAGACUAAGGACGUCGAAGUUUACCGAUUAAAGGUGAACAAUUCAUACCACGAAUUCCGGGAGAGUCAACAUGUCGAGAAGAUCCUUCCGGAGUUGGAGACCCGCGCGCAAGGGUCCAUGGUAGACGUCCUGGUACAGCUGUUGAAUCUGGACGCCUUCCUGGUUGAGAAUACUCCCAGGUUAGGUAGCUUGUAUUCAGUAGUCUAUACUUCGGCACCUAUUCUCCCUUCUAGGGGACAGGCGUGUCCUCUUCGACCAUUCACUUGUGGCGGUGGCCACUUAUUCUACAUCCUCAUGGGGAUGAUCAAUAUACUUUCGAUCAACGACACUUUCAUCCAUGGGUGUCCCGGGGCGAAUUAG